UGCAGCGCUCUCGCCUGCUCCUCCGUCGAGCCGCCAUGUUGUCGGAGUGAAAGCUUGGGGUAUCAGAGAAAAACUGGGGCUGAAAUCCGCGUCCAUCCUCCCUCUCCGCCGGCUGUGGUGGAAUGAGCAGUGUGUGUGUGUUGAAGAGGAAAGCAGUGCUCUGGCAGGAUUCAUUCAGCCCCCACCAUAGAAGUACAUCUCCCAGCAUGCCCGUGGUGCUGAGCAGCGGAGGACAUGCCCCUCCAACAGGGCAGAUACCUCAAGCCACACCCCCCAGCCAGCAGGGUGUGGCGGGUGCUGGACGUUCCCAGGAUGAUGCCAUGGUAGACUACUUCUUCCAGCGGCAGCACGGUGAACAACCUGGCAAACAUCGCUGGCCCACUGGAGACAACAUCCAUGACAGCCAGGUGCGAUCCAUGGACGAGCUGAACCAUGACUUUCAGGCUCUGGCUCUGGAGGGCCGCGCCAUGGGAGAGCAGCUGCUAACUGGUAAGAAGUUCUGGGAGACGGAUGACUCUGGGAAGGACGGACCAAAAGGGAUCUUUCUGGACCAGUGGAGGGACAGUGCAUGGGGUGCCUCAGAUCACUCCGUGUCUCAGCCAAUCAUGGUGUCCCGUCGGCAAGGGCAAGGUUUUCAUGGCGGUAGUGAAGUCGGGGUGGGCUCGGUGAUGUCACCGCGCUCUGAGAGUGGAGGGCUGGGAGUUAGCAUGGUGGAGUAUGUCCUCUCCUCCUCGCCCGCUGACAAACUGGAUUCCUGCCUCCGAAAAGGACCUUAUGGACAGAGGGAUGGAGAGGUGGAGGAGGGGAAGAGGGAUAAGCCAAAGGCAACAUUUGAAGGAGAGAAACUGAAAGAGUUGACAGAAGUUGAAGCUGAUGUAAUCAACGAUGUCAUCAACCCCAAUGGGCUGCCCGUGCAGAACGGCCUUGAUGUCGAUGUCAAAGAGUUUGGACGUCCCCAAGGCCACAUGCCGGUCCCUGGUCCUGAGGGUGACCUGCUUGGAGGUCCCGGAGGUGUAGGGGUUGAUGGCAUGACACCCAUGGGAGGUGGUGGAGGCCCCAAACCUCCUGAAGACUUCUCUGGCGUGGAACAAGGUGGUGUCUCUAUGGACCCCAUGGAGUCUGUGAUGGAGCCGCUUCAGUUUGACUACAACUCCCAGAUGCCCAUGGACUCAGCACCCACCGUGGGCUUAUUUGAUUACGCCAACCAGCAGCAGCUGUUUCAGAGAAACAACGCCCUAGCAGUGCAGCAGUUAACAGCAGCCCAGCAACAGCAGUACGCCUUGGCAGCAGCACAGCAGUCUCACAUUGGUCUGGCCCCAGCAUUUGUGCCCAAUCCUUACAUCAUCAGUGCUGCUCCACCAGGGACCGACCCCUACGCAGCUGGACUAGCAGCAGCCGCUACACUCGGUCCGGCAGUGAUGCCUCCCCAGUACUACGGUGUGACCCCCUGGGGGGUCUACCCUGCCAACCUUUUCCAGCAGCAGGCUGCUGCAGCCAACAACUCGGCCAAUCAGCAGGUGGCCAACCAGGGCCAGCAGAACCAACAGCAGGUGAUGCGAGCCGGGGGCAACCAACGACCUUUGACCCCCAGCCAGGGUCAGCAGGGUCAGCAGAAUGACCAGAUGGUUGCAGCAGCAGCAGUCAACUCAGCCCUUGCCUUUGGGCAGGGAUUAGCAGCAGGAGUCCCGGGCUACCCAGUCCUGGCUCCUGCAGCCUACUAUGAUCAGACAGGGGCCCUUGUGGUCAACACUGGAGCUCGGAGUGGCCCUGUCCGCCUCAUGGCCCCAGGCUCUGUCAUUAUAUCUCCUUCCGCAGCACAAGCAGUUGCAGCAGCAGCAGCCUCCGCAAGUGGUGCCAACGGUGGUCUGGGCGGUGGGGCCAACGGUUCCUUUCGUGCCAUGACGUCCCAGCAGCCUCAGCAGCAGGGUGGCCCCGGUGGGGCUCUGGGAGGAAGCUCCUUUUACGGAUCUUCCUCCCUCAGCUCCUCCUCCCAGAGUUCCUCCCUUUUCUCACAAGGCUCUGGUCAGCCAGGACCAGGGUCUGCCUCUUUGGGCUUCAGCCAGCAGGCCUCCUCCUCCCUCGGUGCCACACUGGGGGCCACGCUUGGAGGCUUCGGCACUGCAGGUAGGACUACACCUUUCCCACGGAGUCUACUGCUGGAGUCUUAUCAAAGCGUGGCCAACUCAAGUGGUGGCAGCGGUUCCAGGCGGGACUCCCUGACGGGCAACAGUGAGCUGUACAAACGCACACCCUCCAGCCUCACCCCGAUUGGACAUGGAGGCUUCUAUAAUGGCACCUUGGGUUUUAGUCCUUCCCCUGGUCCUGUGGGCAUGCCCCUACCCAACCAGGGCCCCUCCCAUUCCCUCACACCCCCGCCCUCCCUAUCUAAUCACAGCUCCUCCUCCAACCUGAAUCUUGGAGGCCUGACCAAUGGCAGUGGGCGUUUCAUCUCUGCAGCUCCAGGAGCAGAGGCAAAGUACCGCAGCGCUGCCAGCUCAGGCUCCUCCCUCUUUUCGCCCAGCAGUCAGCUGUUCCCUUCGUCACGGCUACGCUACGGCAUGUCUGACGUGAUGCCGUCAGGCCGGAGCCGCCUGCUAGAGGACUUCAGGAACAACCGCUACCCCAACCUGCAGCUCAGAGACAUUGCAGGUCACAUCAUGGAGUUCAGUCAGGACCAGCACGGCAGCAGGUUUAUCCAGUUGAAAUUGGAACGAGCCAGUUCAGCGGAGCGCCAGCUCGUCUUCAGUGAGAUAUUGCAGGCAGCCUACCAGCUAAUGGUGGAUGUCUUUGGAAAUUACGUCAUCCAGAAGUUCUUUGAGUUUGGCAGCCUGGACCAGAAGCUGGCUCUGGCAGAGAGGAUCCGAGGUCAUGUACUGUCUCUGGCCCUGCAGAUGUACGGCUGCAGGGUCAUUCAGAAAGCUCUGGAGUUUAUCCCCUCUGAUCAGCAGGUCAUUAGUGAGAUGGUUCGGGAGCUGGACGGCCAUGUUUUGAAGUGUGUGAAGGACCAGAACGGUAACCACGUGGUGCAGAAAUGCAUCGAGUGCGUUCAGCCUCAUGCGCUGCACUUCAUCAUAGAUGCCUUUAAGGGACAGGUCUUUGCCCUCUCUACUCACCCUUAUGGCUGCCGAGUCAUUCAGCGCAUUCUCGAACACUGCCUUCCUGAACAGACGCUGCCUAUACUGGAGGAGCUCCAUCAACACACGGAGCAGCUGGUGCAGGACCAGUACGGCAACUAUGUGAUCCAGCACGUUUUGGAGCAUGGCCGAGCUGAAGAUAAGAGCAAGAUAGUCGCUGAAAUCAGAGGCAAUGUACUGGGACUCAGCCAGCACAAGUUUGCCAGUAAUGUGGUGGAGAAGUGUGUGACCCAUGCGUCACGGGCAGAACGGGCCGUGCUGAUAGAUGAGGUGUGCAGCCUGACUGAGGGCCCCCACAGUGCCUUAUACACCAUGAUGAAGGACCAGUACGCCAACUACGUGGUGCAGAAGAUGAUCGACGUGGCUGAGCCCACUCAGCGCAAGAUCGUAAUGCACAAGAUCCGGCCUCAUAUUUCCACCCUGAGGAAGUACACGUAUGGAAAACACAUCCUGGCCAAGCUGGAGAAAUACUACAUGAAGAAUGGUGUUGACCUGGGUCCUCUCUGUGGCCCUCCCAAUGGCAUCAUGUAAACCGAUUAUUAUUUUUCCCCCUCCGUUCCAGCCUGAAAUCCUUGUCUGCCCUCUGACCUGCCCCUCCCCCGCUCUUCACCUCAUCCUCCUUGAGCUGUCAUGUCUACCAGCCCCACCCUACUGUCCCUGUCUGACCUUCAGGGGGCAUCACGGCCUCUUUCCCCCUUCAAAUCCUGCUCACGAGGACAUUGAGUACCCCUCACCCUUGUUUCCAUGACAACCCUUUGGGAGGAGCCUGUUGCUACAGGCAGCCUUAGUUUUUGUCAGAUAGUGUUGCCCCUCCCCCACCUGUGCCCAGGCCCACUGAAUUGGGGGAGUGAGGGGAGGAGGGCAGGGAAUAGAGAGAGGUGAGGCCUGUUCCGCUCAUCGCUCCACUCCCUCCUGUUUUUGUUUUCUUUAAUUUCCUCUUUUCUGAUAAACUCAAAUCAUUUCACCUUUUGCUACUGCUGCACACACAAUCCUAGUGUCCCUUCCUCCUCCCAUCCUGUUCACCACUAUUAGAUGGAAAGAGUAUUUAAUUUGUCAGACGUCACAGAAUCAUAGAUGAAUAUACACACACACACAUACACACAGCUAACCAGCAGACAGAUCAUUUAGCAUGGGAGAUUCGUUUUCUGGUCUUGCUUCUAUAAAUAUAACGUGUAUACUUGGUGUAGACCUUUGCAUAUAUAUAUAUAUAAAUAUAUAUAUAAAACUUUGUAGUUUUUCUGGUUUUUGAUGUUGAAUCUGUAUCUAUAAUGUAUCCUAGUAGUGACCACAUACUUCUGACUGUAUAAUUGUACAUUUGUAAACCCUUGUAAUGUAAAAGUGCUUUACCACCCUUUUUGGUAUGAGAAGAAAAAGAAAAAAGCUCACUGAAAAAAAUCUUAGAAAAAAACCCCUGUGCAUUUCAGUGUAUAUUCUCACCUCCUUGGUUGUGACAUAUGAGUUGUUGUAUAUUGUAAAUUGUAAUAUCAAAUUUUUGUUUUGAAAAGCCCUUUCUAUACAGCGUAGUACUUGUACAAAGAUUCGCCACGCUUGGUUUUAUCUUUAUCUUGUCACUGCUUAACUUAAGACGUCGACCUCCCACUGACUCCCAAUUGGACAUGUUCUGUUAGACUUAGUGGUGUCUUCUGGUUUAUGUUGAAGGUUUUUUGUUUUGUUUUUGACUUUUUUUUUUUUU